UCCUCUCUGGCAUCCUCAUCAGAUCAGAUUGAAGUGAAAGUUUUUGGUCAAGUCCAGUUGUCAAGAUGCGUGCACUGCUCCUCGUGGUCCUGUAUGCUGGUCUUUGCUACGCCAGCUCUGACAGUGACCAAGGCGAAGUAGAGACUCUGAUGGAUAAUGUUCUGGUGCUGAAGAGGUCUAAAGGUGUGAGCAGGGAGGUGAACGUUACUGUGAGCUGUGGAGGAGCUUAUGAAAACCAAGCUGUGGUUUGGAAGAAAGAUGGUGAAAUAGUGCCAGGUCUGCUGGGAAACGACAUCAAGGUGCUGGUGAAGGAGUUGGCGGGAGGAAAUUACUCAUGUCACCUCAGCCAGAACGGAGAAUACCUCAACCACACCGUGAUCCUGAUCCAAUUAGACCCAGAAAACAAGACUGUGAUACUGGAAGAAAAACCCCCUGGAAAGGGUGAAAUCCACUGUGAAGCAGUGAACUAUAACGGCUCUUUCAACUGCUCCUGGACCAGAACGCAGUACAGAACCAACGCCGCCGUGCUCCUGGUGAAAGUAGAACGUAAAUCAGUGAAUAUUUCCUGUGAGCUGAAUGCUGAUGGAUCAGGGAUUCACUGCCAGGAGAACCGCUGCCCAUUCGAAGAGGAACAGAACAGCAUCUCCCUCACCAUCUACAUCCACAACUUCUCUCUCCUCGAGGCCUACGGCAAGACUUUCUACCUGAGAGACAUCGUGAGGCCUGAGACACUCCCUAACCUGCAGCUGGUCGAUGGGGAGGUGUUCAGCUGGAGCUACCCCGAGUCCUGGGAGGUGCCCAGAACCUUCUUUGGCUUGAACUUCCAGGUCAAGAUUGUCAAAAAAUCUCAAACCUGUGACAGUGAAGAGAUCAUAAUGCUUAACACAACUCAGGACACCAAUUAUCAGGUCAAGGUCAAAAGCAGCAAGUUUGUUUUUUGCGUGCGAGCUCAGGACAAAUACACCAACGGCCUAUUAAGCCCCUGGAGCCAAUGCAAAGCGGAUAAAGGAAAAUGCUCUUAAACCAGACCAAAGCCAUAAAGUAUGCAAGAAGACAAGGACGCAAGAAAAUAUGUUUCUAUCUCUAUUUUUCAACUUUUUUUUAAAGCUACUCACAACAGAGUGAUGCUGUGCUUUUACCUGUACAGUAUUUAUUGGUACUCACUCUAUUUGUCUUAAUGGAACUUCAUAUGCGGAUACAAUUAUUAUUUGUAGAU